AUCCGACCGGCAAAUUAGUCUCUCGCCAGCACUACCACCUAGAGUCCAACCGACUUCGAUCUUUCAAUUUCAAGUUUCGCGACGUGUUUCCAAGUCCUCGAAGUUACCCAUUCAACCAGAUGGAUGGCCAACUGAUAUCGAUAUAACACAUCUUUUCUUCAAAGAUUCGAUACGUAUAGCAGCGCGAACUGGAAAGAGUUCGAGGGAACGGCGGUGUUGACAGGAAAAAGUUGUUUUUGGCGAUAUAAGGCAUUAGAGAGAAAGAUCAUGUCAACCAAGCGUGUGCCAAAGGCAUCAACGCCACCGCUAUCAACGAAGACAUUGAGAUUGCCAGAAGUAGAGAGGAUGUACGGUUAUACCUCUUCCCCGAUGGCCACAGGUUUUUGGAAGAAGCGUUGAAAGUCCGGUUUUCUACUUCUUAUGCCGUCACAACCAUUUCCCACCACCCAGUGCCGCCAUUUUGGUAUGGCCGUGAGUGUUGUUGUUACUCGGUUCUAAGCAACCGAGGCAUGUUCAAAACACCACCCAAAACACAUUGUCUCCAGUACUCCAGGAACCUCUUGACCUCAUACUCAUGGCAUGCCAUCACCGAAUAUGUGACGAAGGAGACGCGCGACUGCGCCCAGUGGGUCGGCGAAGGGCGGUUUGUUCCGAAUCAGUCAGUGUUGAGCAAGGUUUGGCGUCUGCGAUCGACCUCUCCUCGCGCAAACAACGUGCUAGAUCCAUCUCAAGCUCGAGGCAAAAUAUCAACACUGGGACCAUCCCAGUACUUUACAGGACUCACUCUGAAGGACCCAACUUCUCCCGAGUCCCAACCUCACAAACCACUAACGACGUUGGAAGCUAACGAAUUGCAGGACUACAUUUUCAGUCGAUCACCCGAGAAUAAAUCCAUCUGGACGCGCAAAUGCUAUGGGCUCGAGUCCUUCGAGUCCACGGCGUCGGAAAUUCUCGAUGGAAUCUCCUUCGUGACUGCCACAAUAGCCAUCAAGCCCGCUUAUGACCAAGCGAUGCUUGAGCCUUCCAUGAAGAAAGCAUGGAUCGCUUUGCGUCAUUCUCUACCAGCUAUUGCCCUCAAAUCGUCUAGACUGCCUGCUCCGGAUAAUCACUUUACCCUCACGUAUCAUGUGCCCAAGGAUUUCAAACAGGUUCAGACUUGGGUUGACGAAACGCUCUUUUUCACCAACGAGGUGAAGGGUGUAUAUGAAAUGCAUAAGCAACUGAAGGAUGAGCAGUGGUGGAGACCAGCGAACGGUCAUUGGGUCGGAGAGUUGCAUGUUUCUCCUAUAGAAGAUGGUUGGCAGUGUAGUAUUGUCUUUAAUCACAACAGUAUCGAUGGCAGAAGUGUUUUUGUCGUUCUCAAUGAACUUCUAGCCAAGCUCGUUCCGAUCCUCGACGGCUCUGCUAAACCAGUUUCAGAACUUCGUUGGGGCGAAGAGACGAAACGCUUACCUCCGGCAGCUAUUGCUAUCCUUGCAAAGGAAAACAUUUACCCAAAGAAGGACCAAGCGGUUCUCCCUUUGUCGCAGAGGUCAGUGUGGACCUGGCCGCCUGCCAAAUCAUCGUCAUCAACAGCACGCGAUGUAUCUGCUCUCGUCACACUUCCUGUGGAGACCACCUCAAAGCUACAUGCCAUCAGCAAGCUGCAUGGACGGACCAUCACCCCAGUCAUCAAUGCCCUCUCUAUUCUCGCUCAUACUGAGGUUUCCUUGGCCACGGCUGCCAAAGCUGGACCUGAACGGUUUGAGAUUGUAUCCCGGAGCUACAAAGAAUCGGAGGUGUACGAGGUUGCGUUUACUUUAGCGAACUAUAGACACAAAUUUCCUGAACCGUACAACAGUUUAACCAGCGAGACUUCUAGUCCGUUCGUGGCCGUCGGUGCAAUGCCCCUUUUCGUUCCAAUGGACGUGGUCCGCGAAUUCUUCAGGAUCGAUGACUCUACAUCAUCUGCUUCUGUGAGCUCUACCAACCUUUUGGAUGCAUUCUGGGACGGGCUGGUGGAUGCUGCUGCUAACAGUUGGAACGACUACGAUAUGUCACUCCACGAGUAUGCAACUCAUGAAGAGGAAUCACAUGAGGCGAUACACAAUUUCGACCACGAGGUCUUCCAUAUUCCCGCGCUCGCCAUGUCUUCCGUUGGAGACAUGGGACGGCUGAAUCUUUUCAAUGCUUAUUUGCCAUCGCAACGAAAUGAAACCCUGACGGUCGUCGAUAUGGUGGUCGGGCAGAGGAUGCGGGUGCCGGCGGUUUUGAACAUAUGCUGGCAAUAUGCUGGCAAGUUACAAUGUCAUUGGGCCACAGGAGGGGAGUGGAUGACAGAGGAGGAGUUGCAGCAGGUUGUGGAUUCGUUUAUGAGGUGGAUCAAGAUUCUUGUUGUUUCGGUCGACUUGGAAACUCGAGCUAAGAAGCAGACAGGUGCCAAGUUUUAAGAUGUAAGAAUACAAGUAUGAAGUUCAUUGUAGCCGUCGUAACUCAUUCGAGCUGCCAAGUCAGUAGACGUGCUAACGUCGUCAGCGUCGAGCUUAGCUC